AUGGCUUUAUCUCCGCCGUUAUUUAUAGCCUCUCGGGCACAGACACUGACCUACCUACUGGCCGUAUGUCCCUUCUCCAUCGCGUUUCUGGUGUUUAUCAAUUCAUCCGCGUCAUUCGUGGUGACUGAUCUGAUCGGACUUUCCGAUGGAGAAGGAGGUGCAGUGGGAACCCUUGGAUUUGCAGAUGAAUUACUUGCACUGGCUGCGUGUCCACUAUGGGGCGUGCUAUCCGAUCGCAUUGGCGUACGUCAUGUAUGUACUGUUGGCUAUGCAGUAAUUGCUAUUGCACUAGUGCUCUUCGUGCAGGCCAGAAAUAUUUAUCCCCAGCUUCUCUUGGGGAGGCUGCUCUUUAGUGUUGGUGGCUCGGCCGUGUCGACUAUGGUGACUGCGGUCUUACCUACGGUAACGGGCAAAGAACUCCGCAAGCAGGCUUAUCGAGUGUCGGUUUCUUCAGAGUUGACUAUUACACCAGAGCGAGUUAACUCUAGUCAAGCAAACCAGAAUGCGAAAAACUCCUACACCUCCCCCUCCGCCCGACUCUCGGGGUUUGUGGGACUAUUUGCUGGAUGCGGUGCCCUCGUCUCACUGGGAGUCUUUCUUCCUCUUCCAGCCCGACUUGAGAAACUAGGCCUAUCGCCUAUCGAUGCUCUGAAAUGCGGUUAUUAUGUAGUGGCUACUGUGGCCCUACUCAUCAGCCUGAUCAGCUUCAUCGGUCUCCGCGAUCUUCCUGGUGAGCAGAGAAAGGGGUGGUCCGUAUUGUGGAAUACCCAUUCCUCGCAGACAUGUGACCAGUCCGCAAGAUUGGGUCCAACACGCAUGCCCUACUGGAAACAGCUGACUACAGCCCUACUUCUGGGAUUCCAAAAUAGGAGCAUCGGGCUGGGCUAUGUUGGGGGAUUUGUCGCGAGAGCAUCCUCUGUGGGAAUAUCACUAUUCAUUCCCCUGGCCGUGAAUCACUACUAUCGCUCAUCAGGUCUCUGCGAUGAGAAGCACGAACCGAUCACUGGUUACGGGCUAGGCGAUAUAAAAAAGUCGUGCCCCCGCGCGUAUAUUCUCGCAUCGAUACUCACCGGUGUAUCACAGCUGAUUGCUCUUCUGGCCGCACCCGCAUUUGGCUACUUGACUAACAAAUCUCGCCGGUAUAAUUUCCCACUCCUCACUGCAGCCUUGCUGGGUGUUGUUGGGUACGUGACCUUCGGUCUACUGCGCAAUCCACAGUUCCAGGGGCCCGAUGGCAAUGCGGGGAUAUUCAUUGUCAUGGGUCUGAUUGGAAUCAGUCAGAUUGGAGCCAUCGUGUGCAGUUUGGCCGUUCUCAGUGAUGGGAUUCUGCAAGUCAGUCUCGACCAUGAAACACUGAGCAGAAUCUGCGAUGAACGCGAGGUCGACAGUGAAGAUAAUGGGGACCCCAGUGAGGGUCAACCCCUUCUGGCCGCAUCUGCUCAUCAACGACUCGAACAUCUGUCUCAUCUCAAGGGAUCGAUUGCGGGUGUUUACUCCUUGUAUGGUGGGGCGGGCAUUCUGCUUCUCACUAAACUUGGUGGAUGGCUCUUUGACACCUGGUCCUCGGGUACACCGUUCUAUAUCAUGGCAAUAUUCAAUGCGGUGUUACUGGCUGUUGGCAUUGCUUGUGGCAUUCUGAAUCAUGUCACACCUUCAUUGAAGGUAUCUGAUUAG